AUGGUCGGACCGCGUCCACUCCUCGUGCUUCUAUCUGGCGCCUCUCUAUUGGUGUUGUCUAGCCAUGGGGCCCCCGCGAACGGGAUGCACGUCACCCGAGGCGGGGGAAUGCCACCAGCGGAGGUUCAAGCUGCUGGCGGACCUCUUUCCGGGCAUCUCGCUGCACUAGGGCCUGAGGGUCAAGACGCCAGUGUCCGAUAUCAGGUAGACAGUGUCUCCCCGAGCUCUGAAGCCGCAGCCGAAGACGGACUUUGGGAAGGCGACGCACUCUCGAGGAGAGCCACGGGCAGGAAGUCCGGAUCCUUCUUCAGCCGUUUCAAGCGCCCCUUUGGUAGGCGGCCCUCCACCAGGCGGCCCUCCACCAGGCGGCCCUCUAGCGGACGGCCCUUUUCCGGACGGCCUUUUACAAGACGCCCCGCGUCAUCCCAAACGGCCGCCGGGGACUCUCGUUCUGGGGGUCUUCCUGCGAAGCAGCCGAUGGCUGACGAGACCGCCCUUGAUGAGACCGCGGCCGACGACACCGCCGUCGACGGGGCUGCCGCCGACGGGAAUGCCGUUGACGGGACCGCCGCCGAUGGGACUGCCGCCGAUGGGACUGCUGCCGAUGGGACUGCCGCCGACGGCUUCUCGGGCGAAGAGGGUUCAGGCGCCGAGGGAUCUACCGGCGAGACGACCGCCGACGGGUCUUCCGUAGACGAGGCUCAAGUCCAGAAGCGAUCCACCACCAAAGGCUCCACGAAGAAGGUGUCCACCAGCGCGACCACCGCUGACGAGACCUCCACCGGCGCGACCACCGCUGAUGAGACCUCCACUGGAGCGACUGCUGCUGAUGAGACCACCGCUGACGAGACCUCCACCGGCGCGACCACCGCUGAUGAGACCUCCACCGGAGCGACUACUGCUGAUGAGACCACCGCUGACGAGACCUCCACCAGCGCGACCGCCGCUGAUGAGACCUCCACCGGCGCGACCACCGCUGAUGAGACCUCCACCGACGAGACCUCUACCGGCGCGACCACCGCCGACGAGACCUCCACCGGCGCGACCACCGCUGAUGAGACCUCCACUGGAGCGACUGCUGCUGAUGAGACCACCGCUGAUGAGACCUCCACCGGCGCGACCACCGCUGAUGAGACCUCCACUGGAGCGACUGCUGCUGAUGAGACCACCGCCGACGAGACCUCUACCGGCGCGACCACCGCCGACGAGACCACGACCGGCGCGACUACUGCCGACGAGACUUCAGCUAACGAGACUUCUACCGGCGGGGCAUCUUCCAGAAAGACCUCCGCGAGCAAAACCGGUUCUAAGAAGACCACCUUAAAGAAGACUGCUGCCAAGAAGGCCGCUGCUGAUGAUACUGCCGCGGAGUCCGUAUAG